CCGGCGACCCCAAGCAGCUCGGCCCCAGGUUCCAAAACCGCUCCGUCAAGCACCACGAACUCUCUCGCAGCAUCAUGGAACGCAUGGCCACCCUCCCCGCCUACCAAAACUGCCCGCCCGACCACCACCUCCACCCCUCCUCCGCCAAGCAGCCCUUCCCCCACGAGAGGCUCCACACCGUCCACCUCGUCGAAAACUACCGCUCCCACCGACUCAUCCUGCAGUUCCCGAGCCAGCAAUUCUACGGCGGCACGCUCCGGUCCGCCGCCGACCCCUCCGUCGUCGACUCGCUCCUCGGCUGGCGCGCCCUCCCGAACCCCUCCUUCCCCAUCCUCUUCAAGUCCGUCGAGGGCGAGGACGUCCGCGAGACCGACUCGCCCUCGUUCUUCAACCACCAGGAGGUCUCCGCCGUGUCCGAACUCGUUUCCGACCUCCUCUCCAGCCACCAAGACACCCUCGACGAGGGCGACGUCGGCGUCAUCGCCCCCUUCUACAAACAAGUCCAAAAGAUCAGGCAGGCCCUCCGGCAGCGCGGCCUGCGCCGCGUCACCGUCGCCAGCAUCGAAGAAAUGCAGGGCAAGGAAUUCAAAGCCAUCUUCAUCAGCACCACUCGCGCCUCUCUCAAGCACCAGGACUACGACUUCCGUCACGGACUCGGCUUCCCCCACGAGGGCCGACAAGUAUUGGAAGGCCCUCAUCGACUACUGCGUCGACAACAACUCCUACGUCGGCGAAGCCAUCACCCCCCAAUACUGCGAACAGCGCAAGCUCAAAGAAGCCAACAAGCUGAACGAACCCGUCGUCGUUCCGGAAAUCCCGAAAAAAAAUCCCGAACCAAAACAAAAUAACAUCCCGGAACCCUCCUUCGACAACCCCCCCCCCUCCUACCCCCCCAACAACCUCUUCCCCCCCCUCAACAGUCAAGACUACCCGCUCUACCCCUCCUCCCUCCAAUACUCCAACAACUGGCCCCCACCCAAACCCUACGCCCCCCUUCUCCCGCCCUCUCCCUCUCCCUCCUACCCGGAUCGAGCCCCCCACCCCUCCUCUCGCAACUACCUCAGCAUCUGCAAGUACCGCAACUCCCACCAGUUCAUCGCCGUCGAAGAACGCUUCCUCGUCCCCACCAUCGCCAUCCUCGACAACCAAAACUCCCUUGACAUCCAAAUCGGGAAAUUCUGCUACUCCUGCCACGUCACCCGCUCCGGCCAACUCAUCUACGUCGACCUCGUCAAAAACCCCGGCCCCGCCAUCUGGCACAGCCCCCUCACCGUCUCCGAAACCCACCUCCUCAUCCAAGUGCCCGACGACUACUUCGGACACCCCAUCGACAUCCUCGAGUCCAACGCCCUCCUCUACAUCAAACUCAGCAAGCACCUCACCCACACCGUCCAGUCCAUACCCGUCAACGACUCUCUCGUCAAGUCCAUGUCCAUCGUCAACCAACACCCCACCAACCUCGAGAUCUACCCCGUCCCCGACGCCCCCCCCCCCAACGUCUCCGCCAACUACUACAACCCCACCCCCCCCCGGAACAACAGCAACGGCAACAACAAACACAACAACAUCCUCUACCUCCCUCCCUCCUCCUCCUGGUACGCGCGCUCCGCCCCUCCCCCGCCCCCCUCCUCGCCCCCCACUCAACCGCCCCAAGUCUUCAACUCCCAGUCCGUCCAUAAAAUACUUCUAAUGAAGCGACAAACCAAAAUAUGCAAGGACUCUCUCAAGGCCAUCAAGACAAUCAUGGGCCACUUCGAAACCGAACUGGGCGCGCUGUCCGUCUCCAUCGCCAAACUCCUCAACCAAUACCUCCACUUACAACUCCGCCUCCGCAACUCCAAAAACGCCACCUCAGAACUCGAGUCCUUCCUCUUGAACUCCGUCAUAGACGACGUGCUCAUCGCUGGCAUCUACCAAACCCCCAUGGACGAAACCUUCCUGCACUACGUAAAACAAUUCAAUAAAAAAAAAAUAUUCAUCCAAUCCCAACUCUCAACCCCCCGCAAUCAACCCCCACUCCCCCUCAAAGACAUCGACCCCGUCAUGAAAAACCUACAAAACAAAAUGCUCAUCCGCAUCAGGCACCACCUAUUGCACACCAUCUACUCCUUCCUCGACUCCAACGGCAACCUGUGCGACCUCCAGCAAAAACUCCUCACCUUCCGACCCAUGUAUCACACUCUCAGGGACUACCAACUCCAAGUCGCCCUGGAAAUACAAACUCAUCCGUCCUCCUCGACACCCUCUCCCAAGAACACCUCUUCGAAACCGCCUUCUUCGACACCAACUACCUCGCCUCCAUCUUCUCACCCAUCCUCACCCACUUCCACUCCAUCGUCGACCAAUUCCUCCCCUCCUGCUACGACUCCAUCCUCCUCCUCCUCCUCCUCCUCCUCCUCAAACGCCUCUCCGACCUCGCCAAAAUCCAACCCCACUCCAGCCUCUCCCUCUCCUACCUCUCCAAAAUCAAGUCCAAAAUCCUCACCAGACUCACCCAACUCCUCGACCUCAACAUCUCCAGCAUCAAGGCCCUCAGACCCAAAGACUUCCCCAAACUGGACGUCACCCCCCACUACCUCACCAGGCGCUACUCCGAAUUCAUCGUCUCCGUCUGCAAACUCUCCGCCCAACUCGAGAAAAACAAACUCGUCCUCUCCAAACUAAAAACUCUCCACUUCCAAUUCCAAGAACUUCUCGUCCGCAUGGCCAACUCCGUCGAACCGUUCGACACCCACUCCAAACUCCUCCUCUGCAUCAACAACUACCACCUCAUCCUCAACGUCCUCCGGCAACACCACCUCGAACACACCUUCCAAGCCGUCGAACUCGAAAUGCUCCUAG